AUGUAUCGCUUUAUUCAUUCGGCGCAAUCUCGUAUUUCUCGAUAUAUGACUCCCAAUCUCAUUUCAGUUCAAUGGGCCGGAAGCAUCAAAAGGCACAUUUCCACUCCAACAUUAUGGUCCGCCAAACGUCCCCAAAUAUUAUCGGGCCAUGAUAGUAGCUCGAAACCCUUAUCAUGUGGAUUGAAUAUCAAGGAGAGCGACAAGAUCACCAGCUUCGCGCGAGGAUUAAUCUUGACAAGAGGAAUGAAGGUACGAAGUUCAGUUAAGAAAAUGUGUGAGGGCUGUAAGGUGAGACGCGAUUUUUCUCUUGUCCUUAUAUUUGGAUCAGCUGUGAUAAGAAAGGGUGGCAAGAAAGGCAAAGGUUCCGUUUACAUUAUAUGUAAGCUUAAUCCAAAGCACAAACAACGACAAGGAAAAUAG